UCAGAUUUUAUAAUUGCAUAAGUGAAACGGCUUGAUUGAAUAGCUUCUGUUCAGCAUUUGCUAGCUAGCUAUAGCAGAGUUAGCUAGCUAAACUUAGCAACGGAACACUGUAUGGGCCAGGGAUCUCCAACCCUGUUCUUGGAGCACUGUCCUGUAGUGUUUCGCUCCAACCUUAAUCUAGCGCACGUGAUUCUAAUAAUUAGCUGGUUUAUGAAAUUAAUCAGGUCAGUAACAACUGGAAAACCUACAGGAGGGUAGUGCUCCGUGGUAGUUAGAGCGUUGGACUAGUAACCGAAAGGUUACUGACAAGGUACGAAUCUGUCGUUCUGGCCCUGAACAGGCAGUUAACCCACUGUUCAUACGCACUCAUUGAAAAUAAGAAUUUGUUAUUAACUGACUUGCCUAGUUAAAUAAAGGUUUAAAAAAUGAACCGGGAUGGAGAACCCUGAUAUGGGCAGUGCAGUGGAUGUAUUGGACAAAGCUACCGUCCCAUGUAAAUGUGGGAUUUAGCUGAUAGCGAAUUUAACCUACAAAGUGCCAACAUCGCCACCCUGGCGUUUCCUUGUUUUGAUGGCUGUUAUCUUCCCAAGCAAGAAAAUGAAUUUGUUCACACAGUCCUGCACGAACUGGAUGCUUACCUACAGAGAGAGAAACAGAAAAGUGCCCUACUCUUCCCCCCUCUAUCAAGCAGACUUCGCUACCUGAUUCACAAAACCACUGAGAACCACCGUAACCUCGCCACCUUCUCCGUGGGGGAGGGCUGGAGCCGCAGAGUAGUUGUCUGCUACUCGCACCUCAGGCUGGAUCUGGGGGAUGAAAGCAACACAGACAGUUUCUACAAUGAGGCUCCUAGGAGAGGUAUGGGGAUGCAGAGCAGCAGAAUGGACCUCCAGCCCAGACCCCUGACCCAGCGGAGUGGAGGUAAUGCCAAACGCCCUGACAAGGCCAUCUACGUCCCAAGGGCAGCUAGGGACAGGCAACGGGACAGUGGCAGUAAUCUCCACGGACCACCAGCAGGGUUGGACCUCAACCUGCCCCUGCCCACUCUCAGCUUCACCUCCUCGGGAUGCACCUCCACCUCAGAGUCCUGCUCCUGCUGCUCCUCAGACACCACGGAGGGAACGCUGUCAGAAACACAGGCCAACACCAACCAGGACAGUGUGCCUUCUAAUACCACUAGCGCUGGGCAGGAGGACGACUUCAUUCGCUUCUCAGCAGAGGAGCCCUGCACCCACCCCCCCACCUGGGGCCAGACUGUGUCCUACUUCAUGGCCCUGACCCUGGAGCACCAGAAUAGGGAAGCCCAGGAGGAGGAGGAACAUGUAGUGAAGGAGCAUGUAGCGGAGGAGUCGUCUGUGGGCAGUAGCAGCGUGACCUCCCACCAACACCAUGCAUCUCAUACAACACCAGCCAAGGAUGCUGCUAGCGAUGCUGUUGAUUUUAGCCAAGAGAUCAAGGCCCACUUGACAGAUACUGACGUGGCCAUCGAACACGCCCACAACGACUACUCUUGUUUCGAGAACGUGUGGAUCAACCAGGACGAAUUUGGCCACGUCAUCGAGAUCUACGACUUCCCGGCCAUGUUCAAAACAGGCGACCUGCUGGAUGCCUUUGCAGACUACAGCGACGAAGGCAUGAAGAUUAAGUGGGUGGACAACACUCACGCCCUGGGCGUGUUCUCCAGUCAAUCUGCAGCCCUCCAUGCACUUUCCAUUCGGCACCCUCUCCUGAAGACGUGCACUCUGUCUGACGGGAGCAAGAAGGCCAAAGGGAAAGCCAUAAGACGUGCUGAGUUUAUCCAGCCGGUGAAGGAGAGGCCACGGACAGACUCAGCGGUGGCCCGCAGAAUGGUAUCCAGAGCCCUGGGAGUGCAGAGAGGUGGAAUGCCCUCACAACGUUUCUGACCGCUACAGCAGGAAUGUCAGGCUACAACUUGGCUACACGACUACAGAUGUCCUUGCUACUUAAAUAACUGGCAGACCAUUGCUGUCCUAUGACUUGUUCCUCUUCAAGUUCCCAUUGUUUUUUGUUGAUGCCAGUGUAGCACUCAAGUGUGUGAUUAACACUAUAGGGCCGACCCAAACCAUACUGUGCAGGCGUGGAUACUUUCUUUUCACAUUGUAUUUUCUAUCAUGGUCCCAUCAACUAUGGUGGGUGGACGUGUAAUAAGGCUGACCCAGUACAGCUCGGGUUGGCGCCUUUUGGUCCUGUAGUGUGAAUCAGGCACCAGUUUCAAAGGGAAUGGGGCGUUGCGUUACUGUGCGGUUUGGGGUGUCGACAAGUCUUACUGUAUUUUAACUUCGUAAUUUGUUAUAACCCAAACACUUAACAGAUCAUUUUAGCUUACCCUGUUUGCGUCCAUACAUAGAUGGAUAAAGUUGAUGAUACAUGGGUUGUAUAAUUCCUAUUAUAAACUGGAUGGUUUGAGCCCUGAAUGGCUGAAAGUUGUGGUAUAUCAGACCGUAUACCAUGGGUAUGACAAAACAUUUACUUUUACUGCUCUAAUUACGUUGGUAACCAGUUUAUAAUAGCAAUAAGGCACCUCUGGAGCUUGUGGUAUAUGGCCAAUAUACCACGGCUAACGGCUGUAUCCAGGCACUCCGCAUUGCCUCAUGCUUAUGAACAGUCCUCAGCUGUGGUAUAUUGGCCAUAUACCACACCCACUCGAGGCCUAUUGUUUAAUUAAGCCUAAGGAAAACGGAAAGAAAAGAAUGUCCGCAGAUGCAAUUACAACUCGACGAAACUAUUCAGGAUCGCCAUGUUGAGCAAUAAAAUAAUGCUAAAAACUCAAACAUUUUCUGAAACAAUCAAGCUGAAUGAUAAAAUGUUACUUGUUUAUAAGCAUUUUUUCCAGGGGGAUUUAAAUAAAAUAGUUAUAUAGAGUUCUGUUAUAUGCCAUUGUUUUUUAUGGUAUACACUACCAGUCAAAGGUUUGGCCACACCUACUCAUUCAAGGGUUUUUCUUUUUUUUUUACUAUUUUCUACAUUUUAUAAUAAUAAUAGUGAAGACGUCAAAACUGAAUUAACACAUAUGGAAUCAUGUAGUAACCAAAAAAGUUACAUCAAAAUGUAUUUUAUAUUUGAGGUUCUUCAAAGUAGCCACUCUUAGAUGACAGCUUUGCAUACUCUCAACCAGCAUCACCUGGAAUGCUUUUCCAACAGUCUUGAAGGAGUUCCCACAUAUGCUGAGCACUUGUUGGCUGCUUUUCUUUCACUCUGUGGUCCAAACCAUCUCAAUUGGGUUGAGGUCGGGUGAUUGUGGAGGCCAGGUCAUCUGAUGCAGCACUCCAUCACUGUCCUUCUUGGUGAAAUAGCCCUUACACAGCCUGGAGGUGUGUUGUGUCAUUGUCUUGUUGAAAGACAAAUGAUAGUCCCACUAAGCGCAAACCAUAUGGGAUGGUGUAUCGCUGCAGAAUGCUGUGGUAGUCAUGCUGGUUAAGUGUGCCUUGAAUUAUAAAUAAAUCACUGACAGUGUCACCAGCAAAGCACAACCACACCUCCUCCAUGCAUCAUGGGGCGGCAGGGUAGCCUAGUGGUUAGAGCGUUGGACUAGUAACCGAAAGGUUGCAAGUUCAAAUCCCCAAGCUGACAGGCAGUUAACCCACUGUCAUUGAAAAUAAGAAUUUGUUCUUAACUGACUUGCCUAGUUAAAUAAAGGUAAAAUAAAUGUUGGGAACCACACGUGAAGAUUAUCUAUUCACCUACUGUCUCACAAAGACAUGGCAGUUGGAACCAAAAAUUGCAAAUUUGAACUCAUCAGAACAAAAGACAGAUUUCCAUCAUGUUUCUUUGACCAAGCAGGUCUAUUCUUAUUGGUGUGGUUUCUUUGCAGCAAUUUGACCAUGAAGGCCUGAUUUCACGCAGUCUCCUCUGAAAAGUUGAUGUCUGUUACUUGAACUCUGAAGCAUUUAUUUGGGCUGCAAUCUGAAGUGCAGUUAACUCUAAAGUACUCAUCCUCUGCAGCAGAGGUAACUCUGGGUCUUCCUUUCCUGUGGCGGUCCUCAUGAGAGCCAGUUUAAUCGUAGUGCCUGAUGGUUUUUCCACAGCACUUGGAAGUUCUUGAAAUGUUUUAGAUUGACUGACCUUCAUGUCUUAAAGUAAUGGACUGUCGUUUCUCUGUGCUUAUUUGAGCUGUUCUUGCCAUAAUAUGGGCUGUCUUCUGUACACCACCCCUACCUUGUCACAACAGAAAUGAUUGGCUUAAAUGCAUUAAGGAAAGAAAUUCCACAAAUUAGCUUUUAACAAAGGCAUACCUGUUAAUUUAAAUGUAUUCCAGGUAACUACCUCAUGAAGCUGCUUGGGAUAAUAAUGCCAAGAGUGUGCAAAGCUGUCAUCAAGGCAAAGGGCGGCUACUUCGAAGAAUCUCAAAUAUUUGUUUAACACAGUUUUGGUUACUACAUGAUUCCAUGUGUAAUUUCAUAGUUUUAAUGUCUUCACUGUUAUUCUACAUGGUAGAAAAUACUAAAAAUAAAGAACAACCCUGGAAUGA